CGUGUGCGUGUGUGCGUCUGUCUACCGCGCUUGGCGGACGGUGGUGUGUGUGCGGCGGCGGCGGAUUUUGCGGCUCUGCGGUGCUUAUUUGUGGUGCUCCCCCCUCCCUGCUUGUUUCCUUCGUUCCACCUUUGGGAUAACGCCGAUCACCUCCUGGACGUGCCGUCAAGAUGUCGGACGAUCACAACAAUCAUGAAGACUCCAACGAGAUCCAGGACAUACCGGAGAUCGAGCUCAUCAUCAAGGCGUCCACAAUUGAUGGACGGCGGAAAGGGGCCUGCCUCUUCUGCCAGGAGUACUUCAUGGACCUCUACCUGCUGGCAGAGCUGAAGACCAUCUCCCUCAAGGUGACGACAGUGGACAUGCUGAAGCCUCCGCCUGAUUUCCGCUCCAACUUCGACUCAACGCCACCACCGAUCCUGAUUGACGGGGGCGAGGCAGUGCUUGAAAAUGAGAAGAUUGAGCGCUACAUCAUGAAGAACAUCCCCGGUGGGCACAACCUUUUUGUGCAGGACAAGGACACUGCCACCGUCAUCGAGAACCUUUACAGCAAAUUCAAGCUGAUGUUGACGCGUCGGGAUGAGCAGUCCAAGAAGUCUCUGCUGAACCAGCUGAGCAACAUCGAUGCUCAUCUGCGCAAGGGGGGCUACCGCUUCCUCACGGGCGACACCAUGUGCUGCUUUGACUGCGAGCUCAUGCCCCGCCUGCAGCACAUUCGUGUGGCUGGCAAGUACUUUGCGGACUUCGAGAUCCCGCGCAUGCUGUCGGCACUGUGGGGCUACAUGGGUCACAUGUACCAGCUGGAUGCGUUCACCCAGUCGUGUCCUGCCGACCAGGACAUCAUCAACCACUACAAGCUGCAGCAGAACACCAAGGUGAAUAAACACGAGGAGCUUGAGACGCCCACCUUCACCACGUCCCUGCCGGCUGAGCUCAACAACCACCACUGAAGCGGCCACCCUUUUGUCCUUCCUCCUCUCCCGCCCAUCCUUUGCGAGAUGAUGAUGCAGCACAUCGAAACACGGCCAGCAGUACUUGUGUCAUCGGAGCAGCAUUGUCACUGGUUGUCGCUUCUAUUGACAGACCUAUUGUGUACUCCGAAUUGACGGUGUUGACUGGUGCUGGUACAGCUAGCAGCAUUUCGUGCGUUUAAUUGUAGGAGCACCAAAGCCUGUAAAGCAGUUUGCGAAGCCAGCGUCUCUCUUCUGCAGUGUCGUUCGCAUGGUGGGGGGGCUGUUCUUCCAGAGUGGGUGCAAAAUCCACGAGGCUGUGGCAGGUGGGUUGGCUUUGUGUUGUCAAACAUCUCUCGCGGCUGUUGUCCGUGCGUCCCAACUUGGCAGAUGUCCCGUUGCAUGUACUAUUGAAAGGUCGACAUGCAGGCGUGCAUUUCUGCGUUCUGGAAAAGAACGCAGUACUAUAUUUUGAAGAUAUAGGCCGAACUGACUUGUAUUGCUAGAAAAAUCUGUGGCUACAUUCUUGUACACUGAAGCUCGUUGACAUAAUGUAGCAAACAACGCAAAAAACGGGACAUAAGAUUAAGGGAACAGACAACAUGGGUUUUGUGUUAAGGGCUCAUGUCAUCUGUUUACUGUGGCUGCAUUCUUGUACACUGAAGUAAUGUUGACAUAAUGUAGCAAACAACGCAAAAAACAGGACGUAAAAUUAAGGGAGCAGAAAACUUGGGUUCUGUGUUAAGGGCCCAUGUCAUCUGCUUGCUUAAUAUUGUGUCCCGAUUUUGCGUUGUUUCCUAUGUUGUGUCAUUGUGCCAACAAACCUGGCUAACAACCAUUUUGCAGUACUGCAGACAUUACAUCCGGAAAGAAAAAGGAGCUGUGGUUGUUUGCAUGGUGAAAAGUUAGCUACCUUGCAAGAAUAUUGGUUCUAUAAUGAAGACAUGCUGUGCGAAUAAGUGCCUGUAGUAGCAGCCAGUGCAUGCUGCAGUUGAAGCUCGAUAUAUCGAUCACGGUUCUAAUGAAUUAUUGGAUAUAACAAAAGUACUUUUGUGUCCGAUGCGACUUUGUUAUAACGAAGUUUCACUGUAUUGACUUGCACUUUCGCAGCCACAAACUGUUAUGAAGGGGGUGAUAUACCAGUUGCUCCGCUGAAAGGAACUACGUGUGGUGCUGUGUUCUUUCUUGAGCAAAAAGUUUACAUCGCACGCCUCAGCGUUUUGCUGCUCUUGACUUCGGCAACAGUUAGCGUUGCCUACGUGUUGUUGACGUUUGGAUUACGUACUGUCAUGCUCCUCGUUUUCACUUAACCAGCCUUAAACAAAAUCUAUCGAAGAGGGGUGCUUGUAGAGGAAGGUAUUGGAGGUACAGUUAGCCGCAAAAGUUUACGGACUACGCUGUCCGAGAAAAAGCUGAAUAUCUCUGCAUCCUCAGAAUGUAACCCGGUAUUACAUUUCCAGCGUCCACUAGUAUGUGUGAACAACAUUGUGCUGUGCGGUAUUACUACCUACGUUUGCAGGCUGCUCUGAAAUUCAAUGUUUUCUCACAUCCCAUGGUUCGUAAACUUAGCAGUUGACUAUACAGUGGACAGAGUCAAUGCCACCUGUCCACACAGGUAAUUUCCAGUGAACUUUUGUCAGCUGCUGCUGUUUUGUUUUUUUCUACUUUUAGUGUUUUGCUCUUUUGUUUUCAACCGGCGCCUUAUUUGUGCUUUUACUGGUCAGUGUUCUUGUUCUGUAUUUUUUGUUUCUCCUGUUGGGAGGGAGUUUUAUCAGCAAGGUGGCUGGCAUGUGUCAGCCAUUUAAAGGUUGGAGAAGCCUGCAGUGAAAAUUUGCACAGCAAGCAAUAGCUGCCUUGCUGGCUUGUCGGCAUUUUCUGUCUAAGGCGUGUGAACCUUAAAUUUAGUUAAUAUAUUUGAAUUUUUUAAAGUAUGUUUGGUGUUCCUUCUGUUCUAUAGUCCAUUGCUGUCCAGCGGUCUGGUUCUGCUUGUCAAGGUAGUGAAAAAUCAACCUCGGUGUUGCAGCCUUGAAUCUUCUAGAGCUGUGCUUAAUGCAAAGCAGCUGCACACCGCAGCAGUCUGAAAUGCAGCCUGGCAGAUGUAAAUCCAGCAGCAUUGUGCUGUUUUAUUAAUGCAGUUCUCUUGUGAAGUGUUCUGAACAUGUUGGAAAGAAAAGGCGAUUCCCAAUGUACGUCAUAUAUUUCUUAAGCUGCUGCGUAAUGGUUACUGGUUACUUUCGUAUGGGAAAGAGAACGCAUGAGAGCUGUACUAAACCUGUGUCUAGGAGAGCUUUCAUCUGCCUCUUUGACACUCCAGACUGCCGCGAUGGAGCUGGCAUCUGUGUAUUAAACGUCAGCCUGAGGACAGAAGAGCCUGUCCAACUUACUUUAGAGUGCACGACCCGUUGGGCAGUUUUCUACUUUGAUGAUACCAUGUGCCAUCCGAGUGCACUGAGCUGAUGCGUGAAUCGAGCUCCCAUGUCCUUUAACGCACACCAUAGGGGGCCACUCCCAGUGGUCUUGGGACAUUUUCGUGAAGUGCCACUUUUGUAUGGGGGCGAGCCUCUGUACUGUCGCCGGGCGUCCCGGCCUUGUCGGUCACGCCAUUCGUCUCAUCAUUGCCUUGUGGGUUCUGUCAUGCCCACCUUUCAAAAUUAGGCUUUUCAUUGUGUGAGCCGCUGUGUGCCUUUAUCUUUUUUUCCUUUCUAUGAAAACCGGCAGAGAUAACUAGUUGUAGAUAUACACCCAUGUACAUAGGACUUGUGUGUCUCCCUGCUCCGGGUGACACGUCCAUGUUUGUUAUCCUAGACAAUAAUAGCGUUUUGAAAAAAAGAAAGAUUACUUUCCUGAAGUGAAAAAAAAAAACUUGUACAUGUGACAUGCUUGCUUACUGACACAUGCCGCAUUAUCACUGCACAAUUUAGGCGAUUGUAUUCAGGUGAAAAGUGCGACAACCUUACGCAUUGCAACAGCCAUUCGUCAUGCACACAUUGAAAUGUCCUCCCUAGCUUUUGUUACUGAUGUGUGUGCCUUUGUUGACACAUUGUUGGAUGUUCUGCCCGAGCUUUGAUUUGGAUUAGGCAUGGUGUGCUGGACGUUUGAUGACUGGAAGAACUUUGCAUUGUGCCUCAAAUCUUGCUUGUAGAGCCCCUUAAUGCCAUGUUUCGCCUUUGCAAUUCAUUAUUCGAUGAACUUUUUAAAAAAACACGUCUGAAAGCAGGCAUUGGUUCAAGGAAGUUGCAGAGAAGCUAAACAUUUUUCAACUUUAGCAUAUUAGGCUAGGAUUGUAGGUGUGCAGCAGAAUGGGGGACGCGUGUUGCUGUCAUUGUGCCACUACACAAGGAUCACUGCCGAGGAUGUUGCAGCGUCGUUCAGGUUGCUGCUAUAGGCUGACAUUGCGAGCUUCAUAGCUUCCCUUUACCAGAUUAACAUGCGAGCAUGGUUCACCUAAGUGCAACACUGGAGGCACAAUGCAGGAAGCUUGCAGGUGUUCCAAGGUGAGCAAAUUGUGUGUGCAAGAUACUGGGCAUCGUUCUGUGGAUGUAAUAUGCAUGCAAUGCAUGGUGGCAAGUUAAUUGUUUGUCAAAGGACAUGCUAACGCCCAAACUACAAGAAGCUGUUGUGCAAGGCACGUGCAUAAAUUCUGACGAUUUAUUCAGAGGACAACUUUUAAAGCUGUUCAAAAAUACUUGUAUAGAAGCCUGAAUUUUGUUUUCAUGCGUGAGUGUGUGUGUGUGUAUGCGUGCGUGGAAAAAAGAUUUUGCACACUGAGCAGUUUGUAAUGCUUGUAUGCAACAAUAAACUCCACACAAAAAUUCUA